CGGCGCUCCGUACCUUCUACUACCCACUAUCGUACGAGGAGUACUAUGUAGAACAACUGUCGGGAUAUUGCACCAGUGUAAGAUGGACAUGUGGAUUGAAAUGUACUGUGUUGUGGUCGCUUGUCUGGAACUAGUUUCCCAACGAACCGGGACUUUGAAGUUACUGAAUCGGUUGUCAGCGUGCCGGGAUUUGAACUAAAAGACCCUGCUGUUCCUAUCUGAAAGUUCUUACUUCUCACUUUCCUGGAAGGGCUGCGAUCGUCGCUACUUUUCCUUUAUCCACUUGUAUAUCCCCGUGGAUGAUCUCAUCAUCGCGUGGCAAGAUGGCGCCUUCAACCUUCAAGAACUCUGUUGUUUCGCUGGCUGUCCAUUUUUUGGGCGUUUCAGCUGGAAGCUGUGACCUUGAUAACUUCAAUGCCACUGUCGGCGGUCGCGUUCAGCCACUGACACCCUUCUCGUUACCCUGUUUCUCCAACUACAAUGGCACCGAGGUGGCCGUUAACAAUGCCGUCUGCGCGACCAUCCAGAGCAACUACAGCGACCCGUACCUGCGUUCCAACUCCGCCAAUGGGUACAUGAACAACCAAGUCGAGAUGUGCGCCUCGGACCCCAGUGACCAAUGCCUCCUCGACAGCUCCGAUCCGACCGAUCCCGUGGCCUAUACCAAUACGGUGUGUCAGCAGGGCAACUUGCCCUCAUAUUAUCUGGAGAUUCAGCAGGCCAGCGAUGCCAUCGAGGCGUUCAAGUUCGCGAACUGCUCCGGAACCCGCCUGUCAAUAAAGAACAGUGGCCAUGACUACCUGGGCCGCAGUAGUGGAAAGGGGACGUUGGCACUCUGGACUCGUAAUUUACAGUCCAAGACCUAUCAUGCCGACUUUAAGCCCGAGGGUUGCAAUGCCUGCGCCGCGCCAGGGACUGCCCAGAAGGCCAUCACCAUCGGAGCGGGCAUGAACUUCAACGAGGUGUAUGCUUUUGCCCACUCGAACAAUGCUACAUUCUUAGGUGGCUACGCACCUACAGUCGGCGCUAGCGGUGGUUACUUGCAGACUGCCGGUCACAGCAUCCUGUCUCCUGUCUAUGGAUUGGCUAUUGAUCGAGUCCUCCAGUUCAAGGUGGUGACUCCCGAUGGUCAGUACCGGAUUGCCAACGAAUGCCAGAACCAGGAUCUUUUCUGGGCCCUCCGUGGCGGUGGCGGCGGUACAUUUGGUGUGGUCAUCGAGAGCACCCACCGCGUUGAACCAGAGUUGAGCUUUGUCGCCGCCAUUAUCAAGUUCCCUUCGAACUCCACCAACCUUCUACCUUUUAUGGAUAUCGUCGUCAACAGCACUUUGAAGUGGGCUUCGGAAGGCUGGGGGGGUCAUAUCAGCGGCAGCAGUCUGAUCAACGUCACUCCUCUCCUUUCUGUGGCCCAGGCGGAAGAGUCCCUCAGCGAGGUGAUCGCGUACGCGAAGGCCCAGGGCGGCUCCGCGACUGUUGAGCAAUUCUCAUCCUGGUACGCUUUUUACGAGAAGUAUGUGACCUCCAACGCGGUCAGCGUCGGUGUCACCCACUUUGCCGGCAGUCGUCUGGUCCCCAAGGCCGUCUUUGAAACCGCUGAAGGCCGCCAGAACCUCAUGGACUUCUUCUCCCUCAUCCAGUCCAAGGGACAAAGCCCUUACAUCCCGAUCGUCGGCCCCGUGCUCUACAACUACACCGCAAACUCCACCUCGGCGACCCCCGCUUGGCGAUCGGCUGUCUGGGAGCUGGGAUCCGGCACGGCCUGGGCCUGGAAUAGCACCAUCGAGACCCGUGAACAGAAGAUUGCCGAUCUGCAGAACAUGACCGCUACCUUGGAGCGGAUUACCCCUGGCAGCGGCGCCUACAGCUGCGAAGCCAACCCCUUCACCGAAGACUGGCAGGAAGCCUGGUGGGGCGAUAACUACGAGCCCUUGGUGACGAUCAAGAACAAGUACGAUCCCCACCGGUUGUUGAACUGUUGGAAGUGCAUUGGAUGGGAGGAGUCCGAUGCCAAGAGCUCCUGCUUCUCGGCUUUCAGCUAAACGGCUUUUUCCUGUAUAUAAUCCAGUUCCUCUACGCAUGCGUGCGUGUAUGCAUGGAUAUAU